ACAGCCAUGCUCUAGUAAAUAUGAGUUUGAUCUCUGUAUAGAAUGCCUGCUUCGGAAUUUGAAGGCUUAAAUAAACAAGAGGGGUCGUCUCACAUCAGAACUCGCCUUAAUAUAGGAAAAUAGUGUGAUCGGCUGUUCGGCAAUCUAUCCUGAUGGAAUGGAAUGUUGUUUUCCCGGGCAGUUGGCACAGUCCGGCAACAGGAACACGACGAUGUGUCUCGUGCCCCCAUCGUACUAACGCCAUCUCCGUUGCCGCCCCGCCUCGUUUGUUCUCUGCACUCCAGUACUCCACUCCACACGCCACGCCACGCCACGCCGCGCGCCAUCCCUUGCUCUAGCACGCGCUCGCGAUGGCAUCCGCCGGGGACGACAUUGCCGAAGCAGAGGCGGCCAGGAAGAGCGCGAAAAGGAUCUCGGACUUUCUUGGCGACAGCGACGGCGACGAGGCCGCGCCGCCGCAUCCGGAGACGCCGCCGCGGCUGCGGCUCCCGAGGUUCACCUGCGCCAGGAUUCGGUUCGGCAGGCUAGGCAGGAAGCGCGGCGGCAGCAGCGGCGAGAAGUGCGAGGAAGCGUCGGUGGACUCCUCGGGAUGGAAGCCAGCGGGGAACAGCAGCGCUGGCACGUCGGCAGAAGCCGGCAUGGGGCUGAGCAUGCUGCUCUUCCUCUCCAGGACACGCGUCGAGCUCAACAGGAUGGCCGAGGUGCGCGCGGAGAUGGAGACGCUCCUGAAGGAGAUCAGAGAUGAAGCCAGCAAGAUGAAGAGCGCGGAUCACGUCCUCGUCACGCCAAGAACCUGCAAUCUUCAGUCGUCGUCGGCUGCCUCGUCAAGCUGCACCUCGGAUACGAACACGAACUGCCUGGAGAUCGCGCGUCGUGAGACCAAGCCGUCCGAAGACGAGAGGUGCGCGAGAAUGCACGUGCUGGAGUUGGAAGACGAUCCCGAGACAGAGCGCCAACUACUCGAGUGCAAGUGCAACGCCGACCAAGAAACUUCCGAGUCAUCGUCCGACGAGGAGUUCAUUGAGCUGGAUGGAGGGCGCUUCCGCGGAUGCGGCGGCGGCAAUCCCGGGCGAGACGCUGGAGACGAUGACAGCGGUAACGAAUCGUGGGAUCGGCGUGACGGAGUCUCCGCGAUCGAGCUGGAGAGGAGGCUGCACGAGCUCCUGCACCGGAGGAACAGGGCGCGGAUCGAGGAGCUGGAGUCGGCGCUGCGGCACGCGAAGCGGAAGCUGGUGGAGAAGGAGAUGGAGGCGCGGAUGUGGCAGGACACAGCUGCACUCGCGCUGGGGCAGCCGCCGGUAGCCGAACAGUGACUCUUCCCAGUGACGAGCGAAGUCGCGCCCCCCUCGUCUCCUUGGUUGGUUCAGUGCUGACUUGCAACAAGUCGUGUAUAUUAACAGUGCACACUUAAGCUCCUCUAAGUUCUAAGAUAAUUUAACCACUUGACGACAAAGUAAUACAGUGUGAUGGAGUGAUGCCGUGAU